AUGGAUGAUGGAAAUUCUGAGGUUUCUGAUAAACUUUCUGAUAAUGUUUUAUUUUCAAAUCCAGAAUCAUGUAGCAAUUUUCGAGCUUCAACAUCUAUGAACAUGGAUACUGAAUUAUCCAAGAGCACUACCAAAACAUGCACUCACACUCACACAUGCAAUCCACCUGGUUUCGAUUUUGAUGAUUCUAUUCAUACACACACGUGUUUUCACACACACGCUCGAGUUUUUGCUUCUGAAGAUGACACGAAUUCGAGGCCGAAAAGGAGUUCUGGUAAUAGAGAAGCUGUUAAAAAGUAUAGGGAGAAGAAGAAGGCGCAGACGGCUUGUUUGGAGGAAGAAGUUAAGAAGUUGAAACUUGUGAAUCAACAACUUGUGAGGAGAUUGCAAGGGCAGGCGCUACUUGAAGCGGAGUUGUUAAGGUUGAGGAACAUUUUGGUUCAACUUAAGGGGAAAGUUGACUGUGAAUUAGGUUCUUUCCCUUUUCAAAAGAAGUGUUUCUCUUCAAAUGGUUAUAAAGGGGAUACUAAUUUGGUUUCAACUUCUCAGGGAAUUGAUCUUGAGCUUUGUAGCAACGACACUUCUGAGUGA